AUGUCAGAGCCUCCAACAGCUACUCGUACUCGUGGGAGUAAAGUCGCCAUCCCUCCCGAGCUGAGGAAGCGGACACUUGAGCAGAUUCGCGAGGAGAAGGCAGUGAAAGAGAAAGCAUUGUGGGAGCAACGAGGAAGGAAGGAGGCUGAAAAAAAGGCGAAUCACAAGAAGCAGGCAGCUUCGCAGGUUAGGAUCGCAGCAUUCGAGGAUGCACAGGCUGUUCAGGCUAAGGAUCAUUACUCUCUCCGACCAGAUCUUCAUAUGAAAGACUUACCAAAACCUCCUUUGCGACAGAGUAGCCGAUACACUCCAAAAAUGGACCCACCCGCCAUACUCUCAGCUCUCGAGGACAUCGCUAAUGGAGAUCUACCUGCAGAUGCAUGUGCAGAGGUGGAAUCCAGUUCCGCUGAUCUGCCAGGAUCUCGUCCCACCAGUCCAUCGCCAUUUGACAUUGGAGACGCCGAUAUUGGAGACGACGAAGUUGCACGAUAUGACCCUAGUGAUCUACCACCUGCCACCCUACCUCCAGAUACCGAUUCUGAGGGUGUGAUGGAUGUCGACAACGCCACGGACGGGGACUCAAGUGAAGGUCCUUUAGGAGCCACCAACGUUCACAACGAUGACGAUGACGAUGACAGUAGCGAAUGGCAACCAUCCUCUGAUGUGGACAUGCCUGCGGAAAAGGCCAACAAGCUGACGGAGGCAGAGAGAGAGGAAUGGGAGGCGUUCCGACAAUGGAAGCAUGCACAGGCUAAGGAACAGCGGAAGGUGAUAGCCAAGCAUGAACGGGAUUUGAAGGCCGAGAAAGCUAAGAGAGCGAAACAGUCUAUCCGUGCAUCGAUCAAUGCCUCACGCCAAAUUGUACCAGCUCCGGUUGGUAAGACGGCUAAGUCUCAGAAGAAGUCUGCCAACAAACGCAAGGAAUCUGAGACUAUAGAAGAAAGACAAGAUCCUCAAAAACGAAGCAAAGCAAGCACAGAGAUCGGAGGGCUGUCUAAAAGCUGGCGCUCUACCUCGACACGGUAUCACGAAGAGAUCACUGAAGACAACGAUACAGCAUUCAAUUAUGGAGGCGCGCUUGAAAAGGAAGAAGGGAAAGAGGCGCUUGCAGCAGCCAGACAAGCCAAAGGGGAAAAGAAAAGUGACAUCAAGAGAGAGCGCGAGGUAAUCCUGCAGGCAGCAGAUGUGAAAGCGAUUGACACGAAGGAGCAUGAGAAGAAGCCGGUGAAACCGCGCACCAACUGGACGAAUAAGGACUUGCCCCUUGCAUCUUCUGAUUUGCAUGCGUGGCAGCACAGAUUUAUUCCCCGAAUCAUUGACUGGGGUGCUACUCUCGGCGACCCAUUUGGUUCCAAUAACCACCCCGAUUUCAAGCCCACCGUUGCCAAGGAAUGGUGUCUACACUUUGGCAAGCUCCCACAGACAGUUGAGCUCGAUGGUAAAACGAUCAAACGCGAAGAGCAUCCUGCUAUUUACCAUGUGGCUAUGUCUGGCAUGCGCACUUAUCGAAGUGAAGUGGGCAAAUAUGCCAUUACAUCGAUCGACAACAUCUGGACGCAGGAUGAUAUGAAAGACUACAGCACAGUCGAACUGCGCAGGGACUGGGUUGCAGAUCAGUUAGCAGGAAUGCGGUUUCUCUACGAGUUUCCUGAUGCCGAGCAAGCGAAUGGCAGGAACUAUGGUGAUCCUGCGGGGGCUCUCGCGUUGGUUUGUGCAGCGGUCCGCCGCGUGCUAACCAUCUGGCAAGGUGGCUUCAACUCUCUCUCUGCCAGCACGUCAACGACAACCAGUAAACGGAGCACCAAGAAUUCGUCAGACAGCUUCAAGGACGAUCCCUGGGGUAGAGAAGCGAAGACAGUAUAUUUCCCAAGAACCAAGGAGCUCAACCAAGAGAAAUGGGACGACAUCUUUUAUCGUUGCGAGCAGAUCUUGAAAAAGCGAGGUAUUGCGACUAAGGAGCAAGUAUCAGAGGCACCCGUGGAAAUACGCAUCGAGAAGAGCUCCCUCGAAAGGCUGGGAGAUACCAAAGAGCAAAAGGCCAAAGUAGUUCGGAUGAAAGAGGUUUUCCAAGCGACCCUGAAAUACCCUGUGCUAUUUUAGGGGCACCUGCCGAGCUGUUUCAUCAUCCCAGAAGUCAACGUAAGUGCAAACGGGCAUCUCCGUGGCUUGUAGCGAAUACGCUCACCGUCAGGAACCCGAGAUAUCAAUGG